AUGAGUGAAUAUGAAGGGAUUAAUUCAAAAAUGACAUCCGCUACUUUAUUCGGAAAGCUUCAAGAAUAUGAGACGGAACUUGGACUAUUGGAGAAACAUGAGGUCCAAGAGAAGAAAUCCAAGAGCAUUUCCUUAAAAGUUGAUUCCAAAGUUGUGAAGAAAGAAGACAAUCCCGAAGAGGACGAAAACUUUAUGCUUCUUGUAAAAAGACUAGGAAAAUAUUUUGGUGCAAAAAAUAAUAUUGGAAACUCUAGUUACACAAGAAGAAAGAAGUUCUCAAAGAACAAAGAAAGAGAAGUAUCAACAUCCAAUGAAGACAUUACAUGCUAUGAAUGUGGAAAACAAGGCCACAUCAAACCGGAAUGUCCCAAACUCGUAAAGAAUCGUGACAACAAAGGAAAGAAGGAUUACAAUAAGAAGGCCUACAUUGCUUGGGAUGACAAUGAAAUAAGUUCUUCAUCGGAUUCCGAUAGUGAUCAAAGCGCAAAUCUAGCAUUGAUGGCAUCACAUCAUUCCGACAAUGAAGACGAUGAGGUUAGUAGUAACUUUUCAAUUUUUGAUAAUGAUGCUCAAGGAGCAAUUGAUGAACUUUUAAGUGAAUGCAAAAUUCUAUACAAAACAAUUUCAUCUCAAAAUAAUCAAAUAUCAACUUUGGAAGAAAAUAUUGAGAAAAUGAAAAAUAAUCUCAAAGAUGAAAAGGAAGAAUUAAUCAAGAAUUUUGCAUGCACUAAAUGUGAGUCACUUGCUUUUCAAAUAGUUCAAUUGAAGAGAGUUAUUGAAAGAUAUGAAAAAGGUCAAAUCGGAUUGGAACAUGUUCUUAGUAGUCAAAGAUACUCAAAUGAUAAAAGUGGUUUAGGUUAUUCAAAUUUUGCUAAACAAACUUCUAACAAGACCAUUUUUGUAAAAGCUAAAGAACAAAUUCCUUUAGAUAAAAGUAACAAGCCUAAAGUGAAAAGUGAUGCCUUCAAAGCACUCAAGAAGUAUGCCAAGCAAAUUCAAAAUGAGAAGUCUCUUUCAAUUAUCUCCAUUAGAAGCGAUCAUGGUGGAGAAUUCCAAAAUGCCUCAUUUGAAGAAUUUUGUGAAGAAUAUGGAAUCUCACACAACUUCUCCGCACCAAGAACUCCACAACAAAAUGGUUUCGUAGAAAGGAAGAAUAGAUCAUUAAUAGAACUUGCAAGGACAAUGCUAAGUGAUUCAAAUCUUCCUAAUUAUUUUUGGGCGGAUGCGGAAAUAUACACAUUUCCAAAGCUUUCCUCAUAUUCCAAAAGAAAGGGGGAGCACUUGCAUAGGGGGAGAUAUCCUUGGAUUAGAGAAACAAGUUUAGAAUCAACUUUCAAGUAG